UGCAUUGUGAUACCUGCUGAAUGUAUGGCGUGCAACAACAUGACCGUGUGUAUCGAUUGUGCGUAACUACAACGCGCGAAGUCGUAUGGAUAUCAACAAAGCUUAUGAGUUCCGGGAAAGCUCGUCAUUCAUACUUCCUAGAAAUGCUCUCGCGUGAGCAAUAACAGAGAGGAUUAACCCGUACAAGUCAACACCGUUAUGGUGGAGUUCUUAUACUGUUGUGUCCGUAUAGGGUGUCAGACACUUCUCAGACAGAUAAAACUAUCAAUUAUUGUUCUCUUGUGACACGUUCAUGUUACGUAUAUUUUCUAUGUAUGAAAUGAUCAAUGACUGAUAUAGGUGUUUUUAUCACUUCACGGAAAUAUAUCGACUGCAAACGCGACAGUGUCACGUGAUAUUGUAUUGAUAGUUACACUCAACCCCGAUGGUGAUACUGAGGUCAUCUUGACCGUGGCACAAACUUACCUGUCGAGAAGUUAACGAUCGUAUCACACUUCAGAAUGGACCCGGAUAAAAGGCAACGACUGCGCAAGAAUCAUGUAAAGUUGAAAGAUAACCUCCAGGCUCUCCCUCUUGUGGACAGAUUGUAUGAAAAAGGCGUACUCAGCGAUGAUGAAUGUGACACUGUUCGAUCACUGUCGCCACAGUCGGAGCAGAUCCAUUGCGUCCUGGAAUAUAUCAAGAGGAAGGGAAAUCAUGGUUACAUGGUGUUUUGUGACAUUCUUCAGACAUUAAAGCCUGAACUAUACAUACUUCUACAAGAGACACAACUCGACCAAGAUAUCACAGGAGAGAGGACUACGGACAACAUCUUUUUCAACCCGUCUGAUGAUUUUGAACUGAGAUCUUUGAUAGACCAAAUUACAUGUGACAACAAAAUCAAAUCUGAGCAACUUGACAGAAUGAAGCAUUUCGUGAUAGGAGAAAAUGGAUGCCCAGAGGAGGUAAUUGAGAAGUUCACCACUCCAGCCAGAUUCUUCAGACACCUCAUGACAACACAAAUCCUGAAUCGGUACAACUUGACGUUUCUACAGGCACUGCUAUGGCGUGUUGGUCUCAGGACGCAAUGUAAUGCUGUAGCAGGUUAUGCACGAUCAAUGGUCAAUCAACCAAUUCAUUUCUUCACUCCAAAAGAGAAGCCAGAAAAUGGAUUUGCCUUUUCCAAAUUCCAUGUCAAAGGAAGCCUUGAAACUUUCAAAAGCAUCUCAAUAGAAGACAUAUGUUCCCGUGUCUCCAGAUAUGUAGGGGUGCCACCGUCCUGUGUGAUACCGGCAGGCGUCGAACCUUCUGAGAGCAUCAUAAUCACCAUCAUGUUACCUGUAGAGGCGGCUGACUUCCUGGUACAGAUUGAUGACUUCACCUGGCUCACGGACAUGAGAGUGGAUUAUAUCAUUCAUAAAAGGAAGGUCACCAUAUCAAAAGGGAAUAUCGGCGACACUAAAGAUAAUUCGGAAGUCCGACGAUUACAAGAAGAGUUGAGAAACCACAUGGAAUCAGAACAAAUGGUGAAGCACUGUCUAUGGGAGACGCAGAUGUCAAAUGAAACGUUGAAGGACAUGCUGCAAGAAGAGGAAAGGGGUCUUCAGAAAACCAAAGUCACCCUGACAGAACAACAGACAUGGAACAACAGGCUCUUUCAUGCUUUGAUGGUCAGUUUGCAAUUCCAGGCACAACAAAUAUCAUGCAUAAGAGCUUUACCUCACUCGCGAAACGUCCAAUCCUUUAGUGGAAAGCAGUUCCGAGAUAGGUUUGCAGCAGCUGUUGAAAGGGCAAAACGAUCUUCUCAGGACCAUCGUGCCAUUGAGGAGCUAAUUGAAGCUGUACAACUACUUUCGUGGAACUCCGGGAGAACGGAAAUUGACAACCUCAAGGCAACAUCGAUGGUGUCCCUGCAAGCCGUUCAAAACAACUUUAAUGAUGUCGUCGCCUACAGGUCCGCUGCGUUGAGCCUUGUCGGCCUGGAAGCACUCGAUCUUGAAGUGUUGAGGUCACACAUUAUCGCUGUCCACAUGGUUUUUGGCCUACUGUUUCUUGACGCAUUAUUGCAGGAUAUUGUGCAUGACUUUGGAAAGCGAAUAGACGAUGAGGGGAGAAAGAAAGUAUGUGCUGAAUUUAAAGUACCCAAAAAUGUUCAACUGCCUGACAUCAGACAUAGGAUAUAUGAAUACAUCCUUUUAUCAGAAUUGGAAAAGACUGGGCAGAAUACCAACGAUGAAAUAGAGCGAAUAAUGCAGGCGGCACUGAAAGCUACAGGAAGGAAGGAUUUAUGGGAAGAAUUCAAGCAUCGAAACCAGCUGAGACUUCAAGUGCUUGCAAACGAAGCAGAGAGUAAAAAACAGACAGACAUUGUUCACAGACUUGACAAAAUGGAAAAGAUGCUGCAAACAGCAGUAGGACAGAGUUUAAUAGGUAACAUGGGGGGAGCAGGGAUUGGACAUAAAGUAGAAGGUAUGAUGAGGCCAGAAACCCACCAGUUUCUGAACAAACUUUGGCAACAGUUUCCUUCAUCAACGGCUGAUCAAAUGUGAGAACUGACAAAUGGUGAUCAUAUGAUGGUUCAUUGUGAACUAGGGGAAAAUGAUCGUGCAUGUGUUCAGAGUUAGGGAUCAAGGUACAGUCUUGUUUUGUUGUUCCCUGUGAGUGUUCUGUACUGUUUUAAGACUUCAGUAUUUCAUGCAGAAAAGGAAAAUAGUCUGUUCAAUUGUAUUGUUUCAUAACAAAAAGUCCCAUACAAGUAUUCGCUGUUCAAUAACCUCCUUAAAAGAUUUCCGUUUUGUUUAAAAAUAUUUAUUGUCGAGUAUGCUUUUCACAAUUUUUAUAAUAUUACAAAGAUCAGGGUGUCUGACAAAAGCAAAUUUAGGAUUUAGCAUUUUAAUUUUAAAUUGAUGUUAUUAGGAUUAACCUGAUAAAUAUAAAGAAAGGAACACUUUAUUGGAGGUUAGGACGCGGCUUUUUUAAUGACAAGUACUGGGAAAAACAAAAAUACAGGGUAAUGGAGAAAACGUUUGGGCUGGGAAGCGCUGAACAAUGCUGGCUGCCAAACUGAAGGUGAAGGACAGCACAGUAAACGUGUCUCCGAGGGUGCAAUCCAUACAGUCAAAUGUGAAAACACAUAAGGAGUCUUCGUAGGCUCCAGAACCAGCAAGAUACCAAAGGGCCAAAGGGCCUUGGGGGUAGGCCUGAAAUACUGUCUAGUACAGUACUAAUCCCUGUCCAACAGUAUUCCAUUUACCACAAUUUGAGUGUUGAAACAUAAAUUUGUUCCUGGGAAUACUUGCCCAAGACUUGACAUCAUCCUGGAAUAGGAAUGAAAACAAGCAGCAAUACAUAUUCACACGAAUACAAUUACAGUAUCACUGAAUUAAUUCUAAAUGCGAAUAAUCCUACAGAGAUAGUUAAUGAUUAUUAUUAAACUUUGAUCAUUAGAUAAAGGUCUGGACAUUGUCUGUUUUAAAAUGCAAGAGCAUGUAGACAAUAAAAUACCCACUGAGUUACUCCCCUUUGAAAACUACUCGCAUAUAUGGCUGGUGCGUAAGUCUCCCUUAGACCAUUAUCUGAAAAUUAACGUGUAUAUGAUUGAAAUAAUUGUAUCUUGUUACGUAUACAUGCCUUGACAAACGCUCACUAUAUGUGUGGGUGUAAAUGUCAUGGGAAAACCCAACGAGGGCCACUGUACUUGGAUACAUUACGUUAUAUAUGACCUCUCAUGGCUUAAUGGCCAAUAGUGCAUAUAUUAUCGUUUACGAUCGUCAUUGAAUGCAGAUGUUCAUUCUUUGGAUGUUUUCAUGACAUUUAGUAUGAUAUACAUAGACAUGUUUGUUAGUUUUCAUUAUAUUCACAAUAUUGUACAUGUUUAACUGCAUCAAUGCUCAUCAAUAAAGGGUUUGUUUGGUUUUAACGCCA